AGGUUCUUGCCGCCUCCCUCCCUCCAGACUGCGCGCGCGGCUCUCGGAGCAAUCGAACUGUCUCCGGUACUUUGCUGAACGCCCGUACACCUUCAGUCUAAGGGCUGGGGAUAAGGGAAAGUGGAGCAAGAGGCCCAGUUUGGCUCUAAAGAAGAAACGAAUUCUGUUUUCCACUUAUGGCUUUGUUGUAGUAACAACAAUUACCAACAACACACCGAUAUAUUGUUUUGGUGGAUUUGUGGAAGGAAAAGGACACACAUUUUGUUCUGAAAGGUCGGCCGUUUUUUUUCAGAAACUUUGUGGCGUGGAGUGAGAGACCAUGGAGAUGCAAAUAUGGUCCACAAGGUGGAAAACCAAGAGCCGGCUUUUGUACCCCACUCUAACCACCAUCGUCACUCUCACUGUCCUUCUGCAAGUCGUCAAAGUCCAAGCAGCUGAGCCAGUGGAUGUCCUCAAGGCUCUGGACUUCCACAGCUCUCCGGAUGGCGUCCGUAAAGCUACGGGCUUCUGCUCUCACCGGAGAGGAUCUAAACCUGACAUAGCCUUCCGUGUGGGGAAGCAGGCCCAGAUCAGCGCUCCCAGCAAGCAACUCUUCCCAGGAGGAGUGUUCCCAGAGGACUUCUCAGUGAUGUUCACCAUCAAGCCCAAGGCAGGCAGCCAGUCCUUCUUGCUGUCUGUGUAUAAUGAGCAGGGGGUCCAGCAGCUGGGUGUGGAGGUGGGACGCUCCCCUGUCUUCCUGUACGAAGACCAGCAUGGGAAACCUUCCCCAGAGGAUUACCCACUGUUCAGAUCCAUCAACCUCGCUGACGGCAAAUGGCAUCGUGUAGCCAUCAGUGUGGAGAAGAAGAGUGUGACCAUGAUUGUGGAUUGUAAGAAGAAGCUGAGCAGGCCACUGAAGAGGAGCAACGGGGCGGCCAUCAACACUGACGGCAUCGUUGUCUUUGGAACCAGGAUUCUGGAUGAAGAAGUUUUUGAGGGUGACAUCCAGCAGCUGCUGAUUGUGGCCGACCCGCGGGCAGCGUACGACUACUGUGAACACUACAGCCCCGACUGUGAAACGCCUCACCAGGAGCAGCCACAGGCCCAGGAACCAGAGGAUGAGUACAAUUCGUACGACCUGGAGUACAGUGAGGUCUAUGACUACAGUGAAGGAGAAGUGGCCACUGAAACUGCCCCAACCGAAGGAGCCAAACCUGCACCUGAGGCUGUGGACGGAGCUCCACCCGCUGAGAAUCCUACAGACUCAACCGUUCCAAUCCUGAACUACGACGAGGAAAUAGUCGACGAUUACGUCACCGGCGAGGAGCAGGUCGACGCCGACCCUACGGCUGCAGCAGAAAUCGGCUCUGAUACCAAAGGUCCCGACCCCGGCGCAGAAUCGUACGAUUUUAAGGAGUACGAUAUGAAGGAAUACGGUGAUAUUAAAGAGAUCGAUACGAAACAGACGUACGAGUACGGUGACUAUGGCGACUACGGCACCGGCGAGGCCAAACCUACCUCCUUCCCAGCCUACGAGGAUGAGUUUGGGCCGGGCGUACCUGCUGAGACCGACACAGAUAGUAGUAUUGGAGGAGGUAGAUAUGGCGGAGAGAAGGGAGAGAAGGGAGAACCCGCCAUCAUCGAACCCGGGAUGCUGAUUGAAGGACCCCAAGGAGGCCCUGGCCAAGCUGGAUUGCCCGGCGCCCCAGGCUCCCAGGGUGCCCCUGGCCCACAUGGAGACCACGGUGACAGGGGUCCUCCAGGGCGAGCUGGUCUUCCUGGUUCAGACGGAGUUCCUGGUCCUCCAGGUACCCUUCUAAUGCUGCCAUUCCGUGCUGGUGGAGAUGCACAUAAGGGACCAGUGGUCUCAGCUCAGGAGGCCCAAGCCCAGGCGAUCCUGUCCCAAGCCAGGCUCUCCAUGAGGGGUUCUCCUGGGCCAAUGGGAAUGUCAGGAAGAUCUGGGCCUUUGGGUGGACCUGGACCUAAUGGACUGAAGGGAGACGGAGGAGAGAACGGUCCUCAGGGUCCCAGAGGUCUUCAGGGUCCAACUGGCUCACCUGGAAAAGCAGGAAAGAGGGGUCGCAACGGAGCUGACGGUGCCAGGGGUAUGCCAGGAGAGUCGGGGGGUAAGGGGGACCGAGGUUUCGACGGGCUCCCAGGUCUCCCGGGAGAGAAGGGACACAGGGGUGAGCUGGGGUCCACCGGCUCUCCAGGUGCUCCAGGAGAGGAUGGCCAGAGAGGCGAGGACGGUGAGAUCGGACAGAGGGGUCUGGCUGGAGAGAGUGGUCCUAGAGGGUUGCUUGGUCCUAGAGGAUCCCCUGGGACUGGUGGACAGCGUGGUCUUGCUGGGCUGGACGGCCAAGCUGGUCCCAAAGGAAACCAGGGCAUACAAGGAGAGUCAGGGCCUGCCGGUCAACAGGGCAUCCCUGGACCACAAGGUCUUGUUGGUCCUCAAGGUCCAAUCGGACCGCCUGGUGAAAAGGGACCGUCAGGUCGUCAGGGAUUGGCAGGUCUGGGUGGUGCCGAUGGUCCUCCUGGUCACCCAGGGAAGGAGGGUCCUCCAGGACUUAAAGGAGGCGUUGGUCAUCCUGGUCCUCAGGGUUCUAUUGGCUACCCUGGCUCACGAGGUGUCAAGGGUGCCGAGGGUGUCAGAGGUCUAAAAGGCGGUGGUGGAGAAAAGGGAGAGGACGGUUUUCCAGGUUUCAAAGGUGACAUGGGCAUCAAAGGAGACAAGGGAGAGCUUGGUGUCCUAGGAGCCAGAGGUGAAGACGGACCUGAGGGACCCAAAGGUCGAUCCGGCCCCAACGGAGAGGCAGGCCCCAUCGGGUCGGCUGGAGAGAAGGGUAAACUUGGUGUCCCCGGGUUACCCGGUUACCCAGGAAGACAAGGACCUAAGGGCUCCAGCGGGUUCCCUGGAUUCACCUCUCUGUUCACAGGGCUCCUAAAUCCGGAGAGAAAGGGGAGGAAGGGUGAGGGUAUUGCUGGUAAAUCCGGACCUAGGGGACAACGUGGCCCAACGGGUCCCCGUGGUGGAAGAGGUGCCAGGGGACCAACUGGAAAGCCAGGUGCUAAGGGAACGUCAGGUAAUGACGGGCCUCCAGGUGGACCAGGAGAGAGAGGACCCCAAGGACCCCAGGGGCCAGCUGGCUUCCCAGGACCUAAGGGCCCUAAUGGCCCCCCUGGUAAAGACGGACUGCCUGGUCACCCUGGACAGAGAGGAGAGACAGGUUUCCAGGGAAAGACUGGCCCACCUGGGCCUGGAGGUGUUGUAGGACCUCAGGGACCAACGGGAGAGACCGGCGGCAUCGGAGAGAGAGGACACCCUGGUUCCCCUGGACCACCCGGAGAGCAAGGUUUACCUGGAUCUGCUGGGAAAGAAGGAGGAAAGGGUGACCCAGGUCCUAUGGGAACGUCUGGAAAGGUUGGCCCAGCCGGGCUCAGGGGCUUCCCAGGGCAGAGAGGUCUUCCUGGGGCUAACGGUCCAGCUGGUUUGAAGGGAGGCGAAGGACCACAGGGUGCCCAAGGCCCCAACGGUUCUCCAGGAGAGAGAGGUGCUGCCGGUCCCGGAGGUGCCAUCGGUCUUUCAGGACGCUCCGGACCUCAGGGAGGUCCUGGACCAGCCGGAGAGAAGGGAGGCCCGGGAGAGAAAGGCCCCAUGGGACCAGCUGGUCGCGACGGUAUCCAAGGUCCUGUUGGGCUUCCUGGCCCUGCAGGCCCCCAGGGGCCCCCUGGAGAGGACGGAGACAAGGGAGAGGUUGGUGAGCCUGGCCAGAAGGGAAGCAAAGCAGACAAGGGAGAACAGGGUCCUCCUGGGCCAUCUGGUCUUCAAGGUGUCAUCGGAGCUCCUGGUCCUGCCGGUAGUGAUGGUGAGUCAGGACCCAGGGGUCAGCAGGGUAUGUUUGGCCAGAAGGGAGACGAAGGAUCCAGAGGAUUCCCUGGGCUACCUGGGCCCAUCGGACUGCAGGGGCUGCCUGGUACAUCAGGAGAGAAGGGAGAGAACGGGGACGUCGGCCCGAUGGGUCCACCUGGUCCUCCAGGUCCCAGAGGUCCCCAGGGUUCUAGUGGAGCUGACGGCCCCAGAGGAGAGACAGGGGAGAAGGGAGAGUCAGGACCACCUGGAGCUGUUGUUGUUGAUGAUGCAGGGGCCCGUGGACCUGGAGGAGACGAUGGCCCCAAAGGCAACCCCGGACCCGUUGGCUUCCCUGGAGACCCUGGUCCCCCUGGAGAGCCUGGAGUUGGUGGAUUGGAUGGCUUGGGAGACAAGGGAGAUGAUGGAGAUGUUGUGGGACCCAUUGGACCAGCCGGUACUGAGGGAAGACAAGGAGAGAAGGGUUCUAAGGGUGAGGCUGGAGCCGAGGGGCCUGAUGGUAAAACUGGACCUGUUGGACCCCAGGGGCCCUCUGGGAAGCCUGGGCCUGACGGCCUGCGUGGAAUCCCCGGCCCUGUCGGUGAACAAGGACUUCCAGGUGCUUCUGGAAUGGACGGACCUCCUGGACCGAUGGGUCCCCCUGGUCUCGCUGGCUUGAAAGGAACUCCUGGCGGUAAGGGAGAAAAGGGUCACCCUGGUCUGAUUGGUCUGAUUGGACCACCUGGUGAGUUUGGAGAGAAGGGAGACAGAGGCCUGCCUGGACCCCAGGGAACUGGUGGAGGCAAGGGAGAUACUGGUGUUGGAGGUUCUGCUGGUCCUCUUGGUCCUCCUGGUCCUCCUGGAAUUCCUGGACCUGUAGGCUCUAAGGGGUCCAAGGGAUCAUCAGGUGGAUCUGGCCAGAAAGGAGACACUGGUGUGAUCGGACCACCUGGAGCUCCUGGUCCUCCUGGUGACAUCAUCCAGCCGCUGCCCAUCCAGCAGGCGAGCAGGAAGAACAGACGCCAGGCGGAGGACGACGGCGUGCAGGGCGACGAGGCGGGAGGCAUGGCGGACUACGGCAUGGAGGCCACAGCGGACAUGGAGGAUGUGUUCGGGUCCCUGAAUAACUUGAAGCAGGACAUCGAGAGGAUGAAGUUCCCCAUGGGAACCCAGGACAACCCUGCCAGGACCUGUAACGACCUGCACCUCAGCCAGCCUGACUUCCCUGACGGUGAAUACUGGAUCGAUCCUAACCAGGGCUGUACUGGAGACUCCUUCAAGGUCUACUGUAACUUCUCGGCUGGAGGAGAGACCUGUAUCUACCCCGACAAGAAGUCCGCUGGCGUCAGAAUCUCGAACUGGCCCAAGGAGGCUCCAGGAUCAUGGUUCAGUGAAUUCAAGCGGGGAAAAAUAUUGAACUAUGUGGACAUGGAGGAGAACACCAUCCAGACGGUCCAGAUGACCUUCCUGAAGCUGCUCAGCUCAACGGCCCGUCAGAAUUUCACCUACAUCUGCCACCAGUCUGUAGCCUGGUACGAUGCCAAGGCAGACGGCUACGACAAGGCUCUACGCUUCCUGGGUUACAACGACGAGGAGAUGUCCUACGAUAAUAACCCCUUCAUCAAGGCACUUUCAGAUGGAUGCUCACUCAAGUCGGGCUACUCCAAGACGGUGAUGGAGAUCAACACUCCUCGCAUCGACCAGGUGCCCGUCAUCGACGUCAUGUUCAAUGACUUUGGUGAACCCAGCCAGCGGUUCGGUUUCGAGGUGGGCCCUGUCUGCUUCAUGGGCUAGGACCUGACCACCACCCCCCCCCCCCCCGACUCCCCGACCAGCUGAAGGACAGGGUUAGAGGGUGUUCUGUUCCAUGCAUGCCUUGUACUGCCGACCGAAUACCUGACAUCCAUCACUCACCCUCCCUAUACUCCACUCGACCUGGCCUCAGGCUCUAAACCAAACCUGUGUUUUAUAUCCUUGAUAAGGUGAUCAGACCACCAGUUUCAGACCAGCAGCACGCUGCCUCCCCCCCCAACCCCCCCACUCGAGAACAGCGUGCCGCCCUCCUCUGCCCUGUCGUAGAAGCAUUGUCCUAGGGGAAUACUCCUCGCCCUUGUAGGGCCAAUCACAUAGUGACUUUACCUUGUAACAGGAGGGACAUGAGGAAUAAAGGACGUUUG